AUGACUGAUUUACAAAGUGUGAGACCGAAGCAUUCUAGAUCAACUUCUAUAACCACUAUUACAAAAACAACUUCUCACCAGCGAAAGCCAUCUUUUCAUCAACAACCGCCAUCACCACAUCAAAAUCAAUUCCCUGAGCUGAAACGUCAUAAUAGUAGACAACCAUCAUUUACAAUUAGUAACAACAGUAGUAAUAACACAAGGCACUAUAUAAGCGGAUUGUUCAAGUUCUAUCAGUUUCUCUUUCAAAGAUCAAAAACCUUCUUGAAUCCUUCAGGACCAUUAUUACCCCAAGCAAAACAUGUUUCCACCACUGCUACUUCUACUACCGCUUUUGGAGGGCCAGCUAAAUCGACUUUCUCUACCAAACUCUUCAAUUCUCGACUUCUCCGUUUUGUUGCCUUAUUCUAUGUCAUAUUUUCGUUGAUACUAUCGCUAAAUCAUACUUGGCAUUAUUUUAUGUCUUCAAAGUCUCGGCGAAAUUCGCCUCUACAAAGUGAUAUGGCAUAUGAAGAAACGUCCAAAAAUGAUUGGAUACCACAAAGACCCUAUCGUCCAGAUGAUCCUUAUUCCUUUUUAAAUGAUAUAACGCAUGGAUUGAAAAUGCACAAAAUGUUUAGCAAGAGCUACUAUGAGGCCGCUAAGGACAUCAUCCCAUUCUGGCAAAAGGCUAGCAAUGUACCAGAGAAUGACGAGGUAACAGCCAUUACUACAUUUACACCGGAUUCAUGGAGGGAAUUUACCCGACUUCUUCGUUAUUGGGAAGGCCCUGUAUCAGCUAUUGUUCAUGUCAACGUGGAAAAAACUAGUGAAAUACUAUUGGAGCAAAUACAGUCUGAAUAUGCAGCGGGAAAAUCUGAACUUUUUAAAAAUGUCGAUCUUCACCUCGUGAGAGUACCAGGAACAAGGCUUAAUGUUUUAUUUUCACGCAAUGCUCAACGGAACUUGGCAAGAAUAUUUGCCAAAACAGACUAUGUUAUGGACUUACCUCCCGGCGCCAUUCCAGCAACUGACUUGAGACGUACACUCGAGUCCAAUAAAGAGAGCAUCGACAAACUUUUACAGGCUGGUGAUAUGUUGGCGUUACCUACCUUCCGCUUUAAAAGUUCGGAAGCCACCCGUCUUGAUGUACCUAACGAUAAAUCACAGUUAAUAUUUAAGAUGAGUGAGGAUAAAAUGGUAUUGGACGAUAAACAUUGGAGAGAGAAUGAAGGACCAACAGAUCUCGAAAGGUGGAUGGAUGCUGAGACUAUCUAUGCCGUUGAAAAAUAUGAAUUCCAUUACGAACCUAUUGUCAUUCAGUCGAAAACCGUCCAACCAUGGUGUUCUGAGAGAUUUAUAGAUAAUAGAGCAGCUUGUAUUCUUUCGAGUUAUUUGGAUGGGAAUGAGAUUUGGAUUAUGCCAGACGAUUUUGUAGUACAAAUGCCUCAAUAUAGUCAAAACGAAGCAUCGGAUUUUGAUCGUGUUGUGGAGAACCGAAUGUAUGCGAAGUUUUAUUGGGAGCAAUGUGUGCAUCGUGCCAGACAGUUAUAUAGUUUGGGCCUUUGGAAUACAUCAAAAUCACAACAUAUUCGCGAUCAAUGCUCACGAGUCAUUCAAAAUUGGGGGAAAGGUAUCAUAGGAAAGCCAGAAUAG